UCCUGAAGAAUUAUGGUGAGAACCCUGAGAAUUACAACGAAGAGUUGAAGAAGCUGGAGCAGCUCCGGCAGAAUGCCGUGAACGUGCCCAGGGACUUUGAAGGGUGCAGCAUCUUGCGGAAAUACUUUGGCCAACUCCACUACCUCCAGAGCCGCAUCCCCAUGGGGACCGAGCAGGAGGCGGCCAUCCCCAUCACCUGGACCGAGAUCUUCUCUGGCAAAGCAGUUACUCAUGAGGACAUCAAGUACGAGCAGGCCUGCAUCCUCUAUAAUCUGGGUGCCUUGCAUUCCAUGCUUGGAGCAAUGGACAAAAGGGUGUCUGAGGAGGGCAUGAAGGUCUCCUGCACCCAUUUCCAGUGCGCGGCUGGCGCGUUCACAUACCUCCGAGACCACUUCCCUCAUUCCUACAGCGUCGAUAUGAGCCACCAGAUCCUUAACCUCAACAUCAACCUCAUGUUGGGCCAAGCCCAGGAGUGCCUCCUCGAGAAGUCGAUGCUGGACAACCGGAAGAGCUUUCUUGUUGCCAGAAUCAGUGCCCAGGUGGUGGAUUACUAUAAAGAAGCGUGCCGAGCCUUGGAGAACUCGGAAACCGCUUCGCUGCUGGGCAAGAUCCAGAAGGACUGGAAGAAGCUGGUGCAGAUGAAGAUCUACUAUUUUGCCGCGGUGGCCCAUUUGCACAUGGGGAAGCAAGCGGAAGAGCAGCAGAAGUACGGGGAGAGGGUCGUCUAUUUCCAGAGUGCUCUCGACAAGCUGAACGAAGCCAUCAAGCUGGCCAAGGGUCAGCCUGAAACGGUGCAGGAGGCCCUGAGAUUCACCAUGGAUGUCAUCGGAGGAAAGUACAAUUCGGCUAAAAAGGACAACGACUUCAUCUACCACGAAGCUGUUCCUGCUUUAGACACCUUGCCGUCGGUGAAAGGUGCACCUCUGGUCAAGGCCCUUCCCGUCAACCCCACCGACCCGGCCGUGACAGGCCCGGAUAUUUUCGCCAAGCUGGUUCCGAUGGCUGCCCAUGAAGCCUCGUCCCUGUACAGUGAAGAGAAGGCCAAGCUGCUGAGAGAAGUGAUGGCAAAGAUUGACGCCAAGAAUGAGGUUCUGGAGCAGUUCAUGGACUCUCUGCAGUUGGACCCGGAAACGGUGGACAACUUGGACACGUACAACCACAUCCCCCCCGUCUUGAUGGAAAAAUGUGCAGCCCUCAGCGUGCGCCCCGAGACGGUGAAAAACCUGGUCCAGUCCAUGCAAGUGCUCUCUGGAGUUUUCACGGACGUGGAGGCCUCUCUGCAGGAGAUCAAGGACCUCCUGGACGAGAACGAGGCCCAGGAGCAGAAGCUGCGGGAGGCCCUGGCGAAGCCACCACCGCCGGCGUCGCCUCCCACCCCUUCCUCCUCUUCCUCUGCGCUGGCGGAAGUGGCCAAGGAAUGGGCCAAGUACAUGGAGGUGCACAAGAAGGCCAGCUUCACCAACACGGAGCUGCACAAGGCCAUGAACCUUCACAUCAGUAACCUGAGGCUGCUCAGUGGGCCCCUGGAGCAGGUGAGGGCCGCCCUGCCCGCGCCCACCCUGACGGAAGACGACAAGCAGGUGAUGCAGAACCUGAAGCGGAUCCUGGCCAAGGUGCAGGAGAUGAAGGACCAGCGGAUCUCCCUGGAGCAGCAGCUGCGGGAGAUGAUCCAGAAAGAUGACAUCACCACCUCCCUGGUGACGACGGAUCGGUCGGAGAUGAAGAAACUCUUUGAGGAGCAGCUGAAGAAGUACGACCAGAUCAAGGUCUACCUGGAGCAGAACAUGGCGGCCCAGGAGAACAUCCUCAAGGCCCUGACGGAGGCCAACGUCAAGUACGCGGCCGUGCGCAAAAUCCUCGCUGAGGUGGAGCACAAAUGGAACACGACCCUGCAGACGUUGGUGGCUUCGUACGAGGCUUAUGAGGACCUGAUGAAGAAAUCGCAGGAGGGGAAGGAUUUCUACGCUGACCUGGAGAGCAAAGUGGCCAAGCUGCUGGAGAAAAGCCGGGCGGCCUGCCAGGAGGCCGAAGCCGCCCGGCAGCAGCUGAUGGCCAACCCGGCUCUGGCUCAGAUGCCCACCGGAGGGGUGGUGGUGGUGUCGGGGCCGGCCCUGCCCUCCCCGGCACCCUCGCCCCAGCCCUCCCUGGCCAUGCCAGGCCCCGCUCUGCUGCCUUCUUCGGGCCUGCUGCCCCAGCAGCCGCCCUCUUCCUUGGGCCCCGGGGCAGCCCCCCUCCUGCCGGGCCCCUCGGAGGCCCCGUUCCUCCACCACCACCAACAACCGAGCGCCUCCACCGACGACCUCUUGUCCUCCAGCCCGGAGAGCCAGCACGGGGGCCCCAAGGCGGCCGCAUUACCCGCCGGCCAGGGGCCCAGCCAGCACUGGGCAGGGGCCAUUCUCCGGCGUUCGUACCCCAGGGCCCCAGCACACACAUCCCCCCAGCACCUCCCGGUCUCCGUUUCAGCCCCUCCGAGGGGUUAUAGCAUGGGGCAGCCGCCCCCCAGCAGCGGGACCGUCUUGACAGGCCACCCCAGCGCCACCCUGGCGCUCCGGCCGCCCCCUCUGGGCCCGGCUCCCCUGGGGCCCAGCCCUUUCCCCCCGCAGGUGCAGGGGCUCCGGCCGGCCACCACCACCGUGGAUAGCAUCCAGGCCCCCAUCUCCAGCUGCACGGCCCCCCGAGGGGUGGCUCCCCCUGUUUCCCAGCAGCACUGGGUGGGGUCCCUGCCGCAGGGGGGCUUUGGCAGCCCCCAAAUGGGAGCCCCCGUCCCGUUCCCCUACGCCCAGACAGGAGGGCCUCCCUUCAUGGCCCCUUUCCCCGCAGCUCAGCCCCAGCAGAGCUUCUCCGCUCCCCGGCAUCUCCAGCCCCUUCCGGACCGACAGGCGCGCCCCCAGCCGGUGGCGGGGCAACCAGCGGCCCCUCAGCCGUACGCCCCCCAGUUCCUGGCCCAGGCACCACAGCUGGUCUACCAGCACCCCUUCCCCCCACCUCCAGUCUCCGGGCAGCAGGCGGGGACCAGCCAGGGCCCCGCUCGGCCUUCCCCGCCUCCUGCCAGCCCAGGGCAGCUCCCGGGCCAGCUGGGGCCCCAGCGCUAUCCGGGGCCAGGCCCGGACCAGCGGCCUCUGGAGGCUCUUCCUCCUCCUCCUUCAGGGGCUUUGGCCUUCCCCACCACCGUGGCCAGGGGCCCCAACCUCCCGAGGGCCAUGCUGGGGCCCUCCGGUCAGCCGGCGCCACUCCACCCUUCCUCGCACGCGGCUCUGCAGCCGGGGGCCCUGGCCCAAGUCCCCUUCAGCUCCGUUUCCCAGGCUGCCCCGGCCCCGUUCCUCCACCACCACCAACAACCGAGCGCCUCCACCGACGACCUCUUGUCCUCCAGCCCUGAGAGCCAGCACGGGGGCCCCAAGGCGGCCGUGGGCCAGCCCCUCCUGCAGCCCACCAAGGCCGACGCCAAGGAGGGGCUGAAGCCGAAGGCCGUGCAGCUGAUCGAGAACGACCCUUAUGAGAAGCCCGAGCGCCUCCGGCGUCUCCUCUCGGAGCUGGAGCGCUUCCAGGAGGGGGUGGCCUCUCUGGGCAAGCCCGGCGAGCUGGACAGCCUCUGGAAGGAGCUGCAGGAGGCGCAAGAGAAGGACGCCCGUCAGCUCUCCAUUGCCAUCGCCCGCUGCUACUCCAUGAAGAACCGCCACCAGGACAUCAUGCCUUACGACAAGAACCGCGUCGUCUUGCAGUCGGGCAAGGACGACUACAUCAAUGCCAGCCGGAUCGAGGACCUCUCCUCCUACUGCCCCACCAUCAUCGCCACCCAGGCCCCGCUGGUGGGCACCGCCUCCGACUUCUGGCUCAUGAUCUACGAGCAGAAAGUCUCCGUGGUCGUCAUGCUGGUUUCGGAGCAGGAGAUUGAAAAGCAAAAGGUGGUCUGGUACUUGCCCACGGAGCGGGGCCAGCCGAUCGUCCACGGUCCCCUCACUCUGGUCCUGACCAGCCUGAAGGUCACCCCAACCCACACAGAGCGGAUGAUCACCCUCCAGUUCCGCGACCAGAGCCUGAAGCGCACCGUCAUCCACCUGCAGUUCUCCUCCUGGCCUGAGCUGGGCCUCCCUGACAGCAAAGGGGACCUGCUCCGCUUCAUCCAGGAGGUGCACAGCCACUACCUCCACCAGCGGCCUCUUCACAUGCCCAUCGUGGUCCACUGCAGCUCUGGCGUAGGCCGCUCGGGCGCCUUCUGCCUCUUGUACGCGGCCAUGCAGGAGGUGGAGGCCGGCAACAGCAUCCCCGACCUGGCCCACCUGGUGAGGAAGAUCCGCCAGCAGAGGAAGCACAUGCUGCAGGAGAAGCUGCACCUCAAGUUUUGCUACGAGUCCGUCCUCAAGCACGCCAAGCAGGUGCUGCAGAGACAUGGGGUCACGGCCGUGUCCACCGGCAAGCCGGCCAGCAGUGCCACCCAGAAGGCAUACGUUCCCCAGGACCCCCAGGACCUGGUGCUGGGGGGAGACGUGCCCAUCAGCUCCAUCCAGGCCACCAUUGCCAAACUCAGCAUCCGACCCCCCGUGGGCGGGGGAGAGCCGGCGACGAACGGGCAGCAGCCGCCAGAGCCCCCGCUGGGGACUGCCACGGGCCACGCCAGCGUGUUCCCAGCCAGCGUGGCCCAACCCGCCUUGCCUGAUCACGCAGAGCCCCCUCCGCCCAUCUCGCCGCCACCGCCAGCCACCGAGGCCACUGGCCCGUCAGCAGCAGAGAACAGCCACCCUGUGGAGGAGGGAGAAGAGGGGAAAGCGGUGGCAGAGGGGGCCGGCCGCCUGCCGGCUGUUCCUGGGCCAGAGCCCUCCUCCGUGGCGGCGGCUGCAGUGGCCCCUUCCUCCUCCUCCUCCCUGGAGCUGCUGGCCUCCCUCACUCCCGAGGCCUUCACCCUGGACAGCUCCCUGAAGGGCAGGCCCCGAAUGAGUAAGCAGAGCUUCCUUCAGCCCCAGAACGGAGAGGGUCUGCGCGGGGCCCCGGCCAGCGACGACCCCCUCAGCAUGCUGGACCCCCUCUGGACCCUGAACAAGACAUGAGCACGCCGGAGAGAAGGGGGGGGCCUCUGGGACUGACAAGGAGGAGGAUGAAGAUGAUGUCACGGCACCCACCCACCUCACCACCUCCGGUUGACUCCUCCACUGUGUCUCCAGGUCCUCCCAUGAGAGAAGGCAGGCAAGGGGGGGGGAUUUGGGGGAGCGGGAGGCAGCCGGUUCACAUUGCCGUUCGAUUGCAGCUUUUCCAGGAGCCCCACCAAGGCACUUUUUGCGACCGCCGCCAGAGGCUCCCCUGCUUCCAAGGCCACGGAUCUCCCCAAAGACCCCGUCCGGUGGCAGUGGAACGGAAGCGGUCUCGGCCCCGUUGGCAGGGAGGGGACACGGUCUUCCAGUGCUAGCCGGGGGCAACCUUGGGGGCGCGUCUCUCUGGUUCGCCUGGUGGGCUUCCUUAUAAGGGAAGCUUUGCCUCUUCUGUGCAGAGACGACUGUGGCCGAGCCCCUGCGCCUUGACCCGACCUGCACCCUGCAACCCCUGCGGGCCAGACGUUCCCCCAAAGGUGGCUGAGCCCGCUGGGGAUGGGCUCAGGGCAAGGCCCCCUCUGGUGUCUUGUGCCACCUGAUCCUCUCCGCUCCUUGGGGGUUGUGUGCUCACCUCCCUUCGGAAUGAACACCCCAAGUGAGAAGGGGCUGCGAGGGCCCUGUUGACGCCCUCCUGUGCAGCUCUUUAACGGGAACUGACUGUGGCAAUUGGGGGAAGAGGGUGGGCAGAAACGGCCCAGGACUUGCCACCUGGGCUGUUUUUGGGGCCAGUCCACUCCUGCCCCCAGGGCUGCUUAUGAACCUGUUUUAGGACAAGCUAAAAGCUUGCGCUGCAAGGGAGGAAAGGCUGCUUCCAGUCCCUUUAAAAAGCAUUCCUCUUUGGGAGCAGGUCUCAUCCUCGGGGAGAGAAGUUAUGGAGUCAGCAAAAUGGGGCAAACAGCCUUGACCCAAUUCUGGAGCAAGGGAGAAAAGCCACCCCACCCCUCCGAGUGUCGCCCCCCCCUCCCCACUUCCAGGCAUGGCGGUGGCUACAGCCCAACAUGCACGAAGGCGAGUGUGGAUGUACAGGAAGAUUUCUUUACCGUCUGGCAACAAGAACAGGAAAAAUCCCACCCUGUGCGCUUUGUCCCUAAAGGGUGGGUGGGUGGCCUUGAUUUAGCCCUUGUGUUCCGUGGCUACCAGAGGGAAGUAAGAAGUGGGAAAGGCCUUGGGCGGCACGCUUUCUUUUACAUUUUUUUUUCCUGUAAAAAUGUAACAUUGUCUUCACGGUUCAACUUCAGCUCUGUAAUCUAGAUCUUUUUCAGCUCUUUCCUACUAAAAAUAAAGGGGGCAUUAUUUAGG